AUGAGACCAAAAUAUUAGUAAACUUAGAAUGAUAGUAACAGCUAGGUUAGGAUUAAUAUAAAAAAUGCAUCUCCAAUUCAAAUAGAAGUGAUGAAGUAAACAGGUGAAAGGGUGGAAGAGAGCUAAAAGAUUGGGGCUUACACAUUUGAAAAUCAAAACAAAUCCAUUUUGGCAUCUUCAUCAGGAUACAUUGUGUGGGCUCAAAAUCAAUAGGUUUUUGAAAUACCACCCACUGAUCAAUACUUUACCAUAGGAGUAAUAUAUAAAAAUAAAAGCGAAAUGCCUAAUCAGGAUGAGUAUGAAAUUAAUACUGCACCUACUUCGUCAUAAGCACAGCAAAAUUAUACAAAAUUGAGUUUCUCAUAACUAUCCCUAAAGAAUUGCUAAGGCAACAUUCAAAUCUUAAAGUGGAGAGUUAAUGUGGGAGAUUUUAUUUCUCCAACUAUGAUUCUAGGUAUUUGUACUGAAGAAAACCAACAGGAUGAAAUUGAUUUGAAGCCUAGGAUUAGAGGUCGCAUCAUAGAAUUAGCUAAGACUAAAACUAUAUUGUCAAGAAAUGAUGUUUUGUUGGUGAUUGAUAUUGCUCAGACUUGCAACCACUUGAAAAUAGAAAAAAACUAUUGUGUUAUUUGUAAUGAGAAGGUCAUUAGAUAUGAGGAAUCCUUGGAUCUUAAUUAUUCAGAUGAUAUUUCUAAGAAGAUUUCAAAGGAAAUUGUACUUGACAUCUUAAAGAAAAGGAAACUUAUUAUGGUGCUUGAUCUAGACUAAACUAUUUUACACGCCAUAAAGGUUACGAAUAGCUUUAACAAAUAUGAUUUUUGUGAAAAGUAGAAUAAAAUGUUACAGUCUGAUAGUGAUGGAUAAUUCAAUGGGUUCAAUUAAUUGGGGUUUAAUAUAAAGGAGCACUUUUUAGAAAUGGCUUGUGAUUCAUAGUGCAAAUUUAUCAUUAAAUUAAGACCGUACUUCGAGUAGUUUUUCUUAACAUUAAUACCGCUUUUUGACAUCUUCAUUUACACAAAAGCAAGUAGAUCAUACGCUGAGUUCAUCUUGAACUUUAUUUCCAAAAGAUUAAAUGAAGUCAUUCCUGAACACAAGCCUUUCUUUCCACCACAACGAGUCUUGUCGCGUGAUGAUACUAUAUGUUCAAAUAGUAAAUCGCUAAAUAGACUAUUUUAUCCAGGAAUUGCAACUAAUUUAUUAGUCAUUCUUGAUGAUAAUGCUGGGAUGUGGAAUCAAUUCAAAGAGAAUCUCAUUCAUACUAAGCCAUUUGUAUACUUUGAUGAACAUUGUUCUACUAGGGAUGGAUAAGGAAUUGCCACUGAGGUUGAGUAAGAAGUAUAAAUCUAUAAUAAAAAUGAUUUCUGGCUAUAUACAAUUACAUAGAAAUUGAAAGAUAUAUCUGAUUAAUUUUGGAAGUAAUUUAAAUUGGCUCAAGAUGAUCCAAAUUUCAUAGUCGAGUUUGAAUAGUAGAUAUCUAAGGCUAAAAAAAUUAAAACAGAAAUUAUAGAGGAAACCAACAAUCGAUUGGAAGAAAGGACUCCUUUGGAUUUGAUCAUCAAUAGAAAAAUUAGUGUUCCAACCAUAUAUUAAGAAAUGAGAGGCAACGUACUGAAUGGCGUUACUUUAUUUUUUGCAAUUUCCGAAGCACAUGAAGAUUCCAUUAAGAGAGGAUUAGAAUAAGCUAAGGAUAAAGCGGUGUAUUUAGGAGCCAAGGUUUAUAGAGAGUUUAAAGAAGAAUGGUUUAUUGGCCAAGAAAGUAGUUUUGUUAUUACAGUUGGGAGAAGAAAGAUUAGGAGUAUCAUGAUCGCUUAGGAGAAGAAUAUUCCCAUAAUACAUUAUAAGUGGAUUGAAGAUUGCGAUAAUUACUUGUUCAAAGCGGAUUAUAAACUAUAUGUUGAAAAGGAAGAUGGGAACAAUAAAAACUUAACUGAAGAAGAUUAGAGAGAUUAUGUUUUAAAAUGUUAGUUGAUGAAAAUAUGA